AUGAAGAAGUCAUAUUCCGAGUCCACAUUUUCAAAUGAUACAUCGCGUUCUUCGCGACACAACACAACACGGGACACUCUGGACGAGAUGAACUGGAACGAUGUGCCGCCGCUAUACACUGCGAUUGCUAGCGAUGGUGACUUACGCUUACAAGAUGAUGGUCGGGUUCGUCUUGAUGUCAACUCAAGACUUGCCCGCACCCUCUCGGUUCUCAUCAAAGAUCCUCCGGAACAACCACCAAUCGACUACUAUGAGCCGGCACUCCAAGAUCUCGAACAAUCGCCACCAUUCCACAACAUUGUCAUCCAGAUCGUCGGUAGCCGUGGAGAUGUGCAGCCUUUCAUUGCCCUUGGACACGAACUUCAAAGGUCCGGCCACAGAGUCAGACUAGCGACACAUGGUGUUUUCCGCGAAUUUGUCACAAAAGCUGGACUGGAGUUUUAUCCUAUUGGAGGUGACCCAAACGAACUCAUGGCCUAUAUGGUCAAGAAUCCUGGUUUAAUUCCCAGCAUGAAGACGAUGCAAGCAGGAGAGAUCACANAAAAGCGAAAGAUGAUUCGAGAAAUGCUCGAAGGCUGUUGGAGAUCCUGUAUCAUGCCAGAUGAUAUCACAGGUACACCUUUCGUCGCUGAUGCUAUCAUUGCCAAUCCACCGAGUUUCGCACAUGUGCACUGUGCUCAGGCUCUUUGCAUCCCGGUACAUCUUAUGUUCACUAUGCCCUGGACAGCGACGAAAAGCUUUCCACAUCCCUUGGCCAACAUCAAAGACAAUAAGGCAGAGCCAAGCAUGGUCAAUCGGCUUUCAUACGCCAUGGUCGAGUGGAUGACGUGGCAGGGUCUCGCUGAUGUAGUGAAUGGAUGGCGUGAGACUAUGCACCUCGAGCCAGUCCCCACGACCGAAGGACCUUUUCUUGCAUACACACAAAACAUACCUACAACAUAUUGCUGGUCUGGUACUCUCGUACCCAAGCCGCAAGAUUGGGGACAACACAUUGACGUCUGCGGAUUCUUCUUUCGAGACAUGCCUGAUUACACGCCGCCGUACGACCUGCAAGACUUUCUAAAUGAUGGACCAACACCGAUAUACAUCGGCUUCGGCAGCAUCGUUCUUGAGAAUCCGGAACAAAUAUCUACGAUCAUUGCCGAGGCUGUCAAAGGCACCGGUGUUCGCUGUAUCCUCUCCAAAGGAUGGGCUGGUUUGAGCAAUAUAUCGAAUUCGCCAGACAUCUUUGAGUUAGGCGACUGUCCACACGCUGUCAUACACCAUGGAGGAGCAGGUACGGCUGCUUGUGGCCUCAAGAAUGGUCUUCCAUCUCUCGUGUGCCCCUUCUUUGGCGAUCAACCGUUCUGGGGCGAGAUGAUCCAUGCAGCCGGCGCGGGACCCAGACCGAUUCAUCACAAAAAUCUCACAAUCGAAAAUCUCAGCGAAGCGAUCACAUUCCUUACGACACCAGAAGCAGCUUUGGCCGCUCGUGCGAUCGCCCAGCGCAUGUCAGCAGAAAACGGCGUAAAGACUGCGGUUCAAUCUUUCCACCGCAAUCUACCACGCUAUACCCUUCGCUGCGACAUCCUACCUCAUCUGCCAGCGGUAUGGACAUACAAAGCUGCCUCCAAGCGUACUAUCAAGCUCUCGAAGCUGGCAGCUGCAAUUCUAGUCGAUCGUCUCAAGAUUGAUGACAAGAAGUUGGGCAUGAAUGAAAUAAAGAACUUCGUCAUUGAAAACCGACGCUGGGAUCCUUUCACAGGCACUACCAGCGCAGCCAUCGGCUCGGUGUACAGAUCUGGUAUAGCGAUCGGUGUCGGAUUCAAAAAGGGAUCGCGGUCAAAGAGUCAAGACGGGCAACUCUCUGUUUCUGGAACGUCGACACCAAGAUCCGGAAGUCGCAGCAAGUCUUCAGGACCAUCUGAGGGCGACCGCGAUGACACCCUCUCUAUCAUCACCGCUUAUGAAGACGAUGAAGACAACAAAUCUAUCAUGACAACGACUGGCCAAAGGCUCGAGCAUAAGAAGCAGAGUUCAGGCAGCGGCAGAGUUAUAGCUCGAGCCUUUGGCAAAGCAGGUACCUCAAUGCUCAAGGGCGGAUUGGUCGACAUGCCCUUCGCCUUGGCCGAAGGUCUGAAGAACGCACCCGCCAUGUACGGCGACAAGCCGCGCAACUUCGGUCCUGUCACCGACUGGAAGAGUGGUAGUAUUGUCGCGGGUAAAGGCUUCGUCUCUGGCUUAUAUGACGGGCUAUUCGGCUUUAUCACCGAGCCUGUUAAAGGCGCAAAGAAAGAGGGGGCGUUGGGUGCAUUGAAGGGUUUCGGUAUAGGAAUCGGAGGCAUGAUUUGGAAGCCCAAUGCCGCACUGGCUGGUCUGAUAGGAUAUACCGCACAAGGAUUCUAUCUGAGUGUGUAUAGUGCUAUACACACUGGAACAAGGAAGANNAAAAUCGCCGCGGCGCGGAGAGAAGAAGGUGCUUGGCUGCUUGCAAGAGCGAGAGGAAACGAGGAGUUCGAUUCGAGGGAUGUGGUCACGUCGUUCGAGGAGCUCAGGAAGGACGGGUUUCUAUGA